AUGACAACAGUAGUUGUAGUAACGUGCGGCUUGCCAGCCUCCGGCAAGUCGAGUUUGGCAAAGUGGUUGGUAUCAUCGUCCUGUCCGGCAAGCAUUUUGGAGAUUGGCUGCGUUGAGUUUGACAAAGUGGAAGAUAGUUUGGUGCUGCAGCAAUCUUCAGUAUCAGAAUCUGCCACAACUGAUUAUUCCAGAGAAAUUUGGAAAAAGAGUCGAGCAAAAUCUAUGGAAGCGUUUCGACAAACGUUGUUCCAAGUUCCUGCCAACGAUAAUACUACUCACGCCAAACAACAAGAGGAUCCUGCUGCUGCUGCUGUUACCAGAAUCAUCAUACUCGACGACAAUUUCCAUUUGCGAUCUAUGAGACGAGAAGUCCUUCGGAUAUGCCAAGAGUUCAUUGUCGCGUCUUCUUUGGACGAUACGAACAAUCCUAAAGUUUAUUUCGUUACCUUAUGGGUAGAUACCCCCAAGGAAAUUUGCUUGCAACGAAAUCAAACAAGAGCCAGAAAAGUGUCCCCCGAUGUCAUUGAGAGAAUGAGCCAUUCCUUGGAACCACCUGGAAGAGACCAUUGGGAGAAAUGCUACCUGCACAUCCAUCCUGGCGAGGACGGUGAUACAACACAACCAUCCAAAACGACGGUCCUCGAUUUCAUCACCCACGAAUGUAUACUACAAGGCCAUGAGCCUGUAGCGCCACCCCCUCCUCCAGUAGACUUGGAGCAACUGGAAGCGGAACGGCGGAAGACCCGAGAAAACUGGUUGCAGAUAUGGGAUCAGCGGCUCCGGACGUGGGUGGGAAAAGUACCACAAAUCUCGCGAAAUGAUACCAAUCAAGCCAACAAGGCUCGCAAGCAAGUGCUGCAACGAUUGCGACAAUACUUGCAGCAGCAGCAGCGACAGACGGAUGUGGAAGAGCUCCCGGACGGUUCCCAGAUAUCGGAAUGGUUCCUGGCCGCAAUGAAAGUGUCGUGGUCGGAGGACCAGGUGCAGGCGUUUCACACAGCAGUAUUGCAAGAAGUAGUAGAGGAUGCCAUUCAAAAAUAA